GGUUCAACGGGCAAAGUUUUAUUUCGAAUAAAGUUUCGUCUUUUAACGUUCUUCCUCUGCUCUUAGGCGAAUUGUUGCAUCCAUCAAAUCUAAUCUCGAUGAGCUUCAAUUUCAAUCCAUCGUCAUCUUCCUCUCCAGAUAAGGGAGAAGGGAAGAUGAUGAGGGAGGAGGAUGAGUGUGUUGAGAAUAAGCAAUCAACAGCUGCUUCUUGCUCCUCUGUUUCUGAAGGAAGUGGUGGUAGUAGUUUUCUCAAGUCAUCUCCUGCUGCUGUUGCAAGUCCUCCCACUGUUUCUCCAACUCAUAGGAGGACGAGUGGACCUAUAAGGAGAGCUAAAGGCGGUUGGACUACUGAAGAGGAUGAGACUUUGAGACAAGCGGUUUGUACUUAUAAUGCCAAGAGCUGGAAGAAAAUAGCGGAGUUUUUCCCUGAUAGAACGGAAGUUCAAUGCCUGCACCGGUGGCAGAAAGUUUUGAAUCCGGAACUUAUUAAAGGACCGUGGACGCAAGAGGAGGAUGAGAAGAUCGUUGAACUUGUUAAAAAAUACGGUCCUGCGAAAUGGUCUACUAUAGCGAAGUCUUUACAAGGUCGAAUUGGGAAGCAAUGUCGAGAAAGGUGGCACAACCAUUUGAACCCUGGUAUCAACAAAGAGGCUUGGACUCCAGAGGAAGAGUUAGCUCUCAUGAAUGCUCAUAGAGUCCACGGAAACAAAUGGGCUGAAAUCGCUAAGGUCUUACCCGGCAGAACGGACAAUUCGAUAAAGAAUCAUUGGAACAGUUCAUUGAAGAAGAAGUCAGAGUUUUACUUAGCUAAUGGUGCCUUACCACCAUCAGCAGUAAAAAACGGUGUUCUUGAUAGUGCUAGUAAACGUCCAAUGUUUUAUCAGAGAAGGGACUCUGUAACAGUUGCUCAGACCUCUUCAGGAGCUAUACAGAUAAACAAACCAGAUGAAGACGGAAGAGACCAGUUAAACUCUUCUGUGCCGCUUCAAGAAGUUGUAGCUGCUUCACCAAUGGUCAAUGAUCAGUUACCUAAGCCAGAGCAAUCGCCAGACAAUGGUUAUCAUCUUUACUACAAGAAGCCUCAAACAGAGUAUAACAUGGCAUCAGAAGCGGAUAAGCAGCGUAUGUAUGGGUAUGAAUGUGGUUGCAGUCCAAGCGCAUCACCUGUUAUCUUCUUCACACCACCACCGCCUAGUAGAAAAGAGUAUAGUAACGGUUUACGUCCAACGAGCCCUGAAUCAUACCUGAGAGAAGCUGCUAGAACUUUCCCAAACACACCUUCCAUUUUCAGGAAAAGACGACGCAGGACUGUUGAUGUGUCUGAUAAUGGCAACAAGGCCGCGAAAACAGAUGAAGAAGCUGCUAAAGAGGUUGUUGUUUUUGUUGAUCAAAAGGUGAAUGAGGUCUCAGAGAGCCCUGAUAUUGAAGAGGAGCAGAGCAAUGGAUCAAAUGCUUACAACUUGUCUCCACCUUACCGGAUAAGAUCUAAAAGGACAGCUGUUUUCAAGUCAAGACAGCUUGAGUUCAUCUCUCCAGAGGAAGCAAAAUCAGCUGAUGAUGAAACCAAAUCAUCUGAGAAAGAUAAGAUGCUAGAUGAAGGAGACUCUCAACUCCUAGGCUAA